AUGGAGAACAACGCUUCUGACGAUCUCGUGUUGCCUGGAACACAACCAGAGAUGGGCGACUACUCAGGUGGCGUCGAGAACAUCAAAAGAGACUCUUGGCUCAAGCAGACGCUUGCUGAAACGUGGUUCCUGUUCACGAACUGGAAGGUAAAUGUCGAGAUGAACAAGCAGCCGUUUAUCAACCUAGGUUAUGUCGUCCCACUGGCCAUCAACCUGAGCGGAUCGGCGGUGUACUACUACACCCUGAGCUCGGCCGAAAUCACCAUCGCAGUCCCGAUCACCAACUCGCUGGCACUGAUCUUCACCAUCCUGGCCGGCGUGCUGAUCGGCGAGAAGCUGCCAACGCCGAAGGAAAUGUUCGGCAUGGCCUGUAUCGUCCUGGGUGUCGCACUCUGCGUUACUGGCUAG